AUGAACAGCCGAAUCCCUGUGGUCCUUCUGGCUUGUGGCUCCUUCAACCCCAUCACCAAUAUGCACCUGCGCUUAUUUGAGGUGGCCAGAGACCACCUGCACCAAACAGGGAAGUACCAGGUGAUCGAGGGCAUCGUCUCCCCCGUGAAUGACAACUACAAGAAGAAGGACCUCGCGGCGGCCCGGCACCGCGUGGCCAUGGCCCGGCUGGCCUUGCAGACAUCCGACUGGAUCCGGGUGGAUCCCUGGGAGAGUGAACAGACACAGUGGAUGGAGACGGUGAAGGUGCUGAGGCACCACCACAGCGAACUGCUCAGAUCCCUGGCCCUGAUGGAAGGCCCUGGCCACAAGCCACGCUGCCCGGCCUCUGCAGCCCUGCCAGAGCUGAAGCUCCUCUGCGGGGCCGACGUCCUGAAGACCUUCCAGACCCCGGACCUCUGGCAAGACGCGCACAUCCAGGAGAUCGUGGAGAAGUUUGGCUUGGUGUGCGUGAGCCGGGCGGGCCACGACCAUAAAAGGUACAUCUCGGAAUCGCCCAUCCUCCAGAGAUACCAGCACAACAUCCACCUGGCCAGGGAGCCCGUGCAGAACGAGAUCAGUGCCACGUACAUCAGGCGGGCCUUGGGCCAGGGCCAGAGCGUGAAGUACCUGCUCCCGGACGCUGUCAUCGCCUACAUCAAGGACCACAAGCUCUACACGAAGGGCAGCAGUCCCUGA